AUGUUCCGCCGUGUAGUCGCUCCGGCCCCGGUGGCGGCCACCGCGGCCUGUGCUGGGCAAGUUCGCAGCAUCUACGAGUACAAGUUCGGUCAGACCCCCCUGACCCAACCGUUUGGCGGAGCCUCUCGCCUGCCGCCUGGCCCCUCGUCGAAGUCUGCCUCAGUUGCCGCCGGGAAGGUGGAGAUCACGAAGCUGCACAACGGCGCGCGCGUCAUCACGCACAAUCUCGGUGGACCGUCGGUGUCCGUUGGUGCCUACAUACUCGCUGGCCCCGCGUACGACCCACCGAACGCGCCGGGUGCGGGAGCCAUGAUGCACCUUGCCCUGACGACAAGCAACUACAAUAAUUCUCUGUUCCAGCUUGACCGCAACAUCCGCAGCGUCGGCGCCGCCCAGUCGCACUUCGAGAAGAAUAAGCACUACAUCGGUAUUCGCAUCGAUGCCCGCGCCGACAAGUGGAAGAGCGCCGCGUCGACGUCACCGCUUUCACACCGGCGGCAGCUGCAGAACCAGAAGCAAGCGGAGCAGCAGUUCUCGUUGAAUCUGGUGCAGGACAACAUCUUUACCUGCAUCGCCGCGCCACGCUUCCACGAGCCGGAUGUGGAGCGCUUCCGUGACACCAUCGACAACCAGGUCGAGGAGCUCCGCUGGCAAUGCCCGGCCGAGUACGCGAAGCAGAUGCUGGAGACGGUGGCCUUCUACCGUGAGCCGCUCGGCAACCCCCGCUUCGUGCCGGCGAUGAGCAACGGCGCCAUUUCGAGCAGCGUGCUGCUGGAGCAGUACAGCCGCUACGUCGUGCCGUCACGCGUCGUCGUCGCCGGCGUCAACGUCGAUCACGCCGCGCUGAUUGCCGAGUACGAGAACACGCCGUUCCCGCACUCCGCCGCCGCGCCGCACCACGCCCGCGCGCAGCCGUGCAUGGUGAGCUUGAAGGAUGAAGCCGCUCAGUACACGGGGGGCGAGCGCCACGACCACGAGGAUCGCCCCAAGGUGAUGGGCACAAAGCCGGACAUGGACCCGGAGUCCAUCAUCGCCGUCGGCUGGCUCGCGUACGGGCAGGACAGGAAGAUGAUAAAGGACCACGCCGCCUCGAUGGUCGUCGGGGCGCUGAUGGACAUUGGAUUCAGCGACUGCAUGCGCUGCUACGCCCCGGACGAAAUGCACGAGCACACGGGCCUGCGCGCCUUCUAUAGCCCCUACCAAACGGCUGGCCUGAUCGGCUUCACGGCGAAGGCAGAACCGCAGGCAGCGGUGCGCAUGGUGACGGACGCCGUGAAGAAGGUGCAAGCGAACAAGGCCUCUGUCGCGGACUCGAUGCUGUCCGUGGCGAAGAAAAUGGCGAAAACUCAGUUCGUGGUGCAGAAUGUCGACACCAUCCGCGACUACUGCGACUACCUCGGCACCUGCCUCUCUGUGGAUAGCAACUCGACCAUAGCCACAUCGGUCGAAGAGGUUGUCGACGCCAUCAACUCUGUCAGCGCGGCGGAUGUGAAGAGGGUGUACGAGAUGAUGUUCUCGAACAAGACCAGCCUGUACGGCCACGGCGAGAUGCUCGGCUUCCCUUCCCUGCGCCAGAUGGGUCUGUAG